AUGGCUGCAGCUAUGCAGGUGACAGCUGAGGCACUGGGUAAUCAGAUAAAUCAGGGCUAUCAUGGAAAUAAUAAUGAUGAGGAUGGUCCUAUGACACUUGCUACAUUUAUAAAAGUUCAUCCUCCAACCUUCAGGGGAACCUCAAAUCCCACUGAUGCAGAUAAUUGGAUUCAGGCUAUGGAAAGGGCGUUACAGGCACAACAGGUUCCUGAAGAGCAAUGGGUUGAAUUUGGAACCUAUCAGUUGCAAGGUGAAGCUCAGUAUUGGUGGCAGGGGACACGACGUAUCCUGCAGCCUGAUGGUGCUGCGAUUCCUUGGGAGGUUUUUCGGACAGAGUUCUAUAAGAAAUACUUUCCUAAUUCAGUCAGAAAUGCCAAGGAACUUGAAUUAAUGCAGUUAAAACAAGGACAGAUGACUGUUGCUGAGUAUACUAGUAAGUUUGAGGAGUUGUGUCGCUUUUCUCGUAUCUGUCAAAGUGCGCCUGAAGAUUUUGCUGAAUGGAAGUGUAUUAAAUAUGAAGGAGGUCUUCGGAGUGAUAUUCUGAGCUUUGUUGCCCCAAUGGAGAUCAGGGUGUUUUCUGAAUUGGUGAAUAAGAGUAGGGUGGCUGAGGAUUGUGUGAGGAAGGCAGCAGCAGAGAAAGGAAGUUUGAGGGGAAGAAGAUUUUGGAAGCAGCCACAGCAGGAUCUGAAUUGUCAGAGGUGCGGAAAGUAUCAUCCUGGAGUUCCGUGCAGAUUCGGACUUGGAGUAUGCUAUUCUUGUGGACAGCCCGGGCAUAUGGCCACCAAUUGUCCGGAGAAGAAGAAGUAUGAGACUGGUAGGGUGCAGCAGCCAGGGAGAGUAUACACCACUUCUACCAUAGGUGCUGAGGGAUCUGAGAUACUGAUUAGAGGUAAUUGUGAAAUGGCUGGUAAAAUCUUAAAUGCUUUAUUUGAUUCAGGAGCAAGUCAUUCAUUUAUUGCAUUUGAAAAGGCCCAUGAAUUAGGAUUGAGAAUGGUGGUUUUAGGUUAUGAUUUGAAAGUAUAUAAUGCUACUCAUGAAGCUAUGGUGACUAGGAUAGGAUGUCCACAAGUUUCCUUUCGAGUACAACAGCGUGAAUUUGUGCAUGAUUUGAUUUGUUUGCCUAUGACUGGUCUUGAUCUCAUUUUGGGAUUGGAUUGGUUAUCCAAGAAUCAUGUUUUGCUUGAUUGUUCUGAGAAGUCAGUACAGUUUAUGCCGGAAGGGUCAGAAGCACCGGUUGUGGUGAAUAGUUACUAUUUAAAUUCUAUGAUAGUAACCUGUUCUGGAACUGAAUGUCAGGGUAUUAUGUUAUUAACUGCGGGAGUAUCAGGUGAUGAUCAGAGUUUAGAGCAAAUUCCGGUUGUAUGUGAAUUUCCAGAUGUGUUUCCGGAUGAUAUUAAUGAAUUCCCACCUAAUCGAGAGGUUGAAUUUGCAAUUGAGUUGAAAUGGCUGAACUGA